AUGCAUAUGCCAACAACUGGCAUUUCCAAGUUUCUUGAUCGACUACUUCGACCGUUAUUUGAUAAACAUGUUCGCUCAACUACAAUUAUCGAUGGUGUUGAUCUCAUUCGACGACUUCAAGCAUACACUGCAAAUGGAUAUUUGAAGCCAACAACCUAUUUUUGCACAUUUGACAUCACAGAUUUAUAUACAAUGUUACCACAGGAAGAAUCUCUCGACAUUCUAACUGAAUUUCUUCUAGAACAUGGGUAUACCAAAGUGAAUGCAGUACCCAUAUUCGUUCAAAUAUCACGCUUGCGAAGCUUUUUGUAA